AUGUGUGAGCAGGCAGCGCGCUACUGCAGGGACGGCGUCCACAAGCUGCUCCACAAGGAACAAGGCAAACUCCGCGCACAGGACAGCGGCGAGCAGCCCAGAGGCGGCGGGCCGCGGGACAGCGAGACAGCGACGGCUGCACCGGCCCAGAACAGCGGCGGAGCCCAGCCCGGGGGGAUCGACGGGCUAGUCCGCUGGAUAGUCACCAAGAUGAGCGACAACAAAAGCAUCUCGACGCGGGAGUACGCCAAGGAGGAGGAGGAGGUGGCCGUGGCCCAGGAGCAGUUCUUCGCCCCGGAGCCACGGAAAGGCAUCUCCGUCAUUCUGGACAUCUUCCGGAGAGCUGACAAGGAUGAUGAUGGAAAGCUUUCCCUGGAUGAGUUCCAGGCGUUCUUCUCCGAUGGAACACUGAACGAGGAGGAGCUGGAAAAGCUGUUCCACACCAUUGACUCUGAUAACACCAGUAAUGUUGACACUAAGGAACUAUGUGACUACUUUGCUAAACACAUGGGGGAGUAUGAAGGUGUGCUGGCAUCUCUGGAGACACUCAACCUUUCAAUCCUCAAAGCCAUGGAUUUCACCAAGAAGGUGUAUGAAAGGGGAACUAACAUUGAGCAAUUUGUGACCCGCUUCCUGUUGAAGGAAUCAGCCAAUCAAAUUCAAUCCUUGCUCAACUCCGUGGAGAGCGCAGUGGAUGCUAUUGACGAGCAGCAUUGCCCUGUAGGAUCAUACCCCAGUAAGACCAGUCCACGCGUUCCGGAAAGACGCUAUGAAGCCCCAGUGCCAGACUACCCUCCUAAUAACAGAGUCAGUGCCAAGGACACCAUGAGGAACCUCAAUGUGGGCCCAGGGCCUACAGAGGUGAGGAAAGAAGGCCUGGAAAUGCAGAUCAACCGCCUGGCCGAGCUGAUCGGACGCUUGGAGAACAAGACAGUCUGGUUUGACCUGCAUCAGCGACUAACAGACACUGAUGGUACUACUAGCGCAUCUCUCUACCUGAUCCGCCAAGAAAUGAUUGUAUGCCAGAAGCAGCUGGGAGAGUUUUGUGAGGCCCUGAAGCAGUACCUGAAGAACGUCUCAGCCCAGAGAGACUGUUUCCAUGUGACUGCUGUGCGGCUGCCUGAUGGCCUCUCCUUCGUCGUGUAUGAAUUCUGGGACGGGGAGGAAGAGUGGAAAAGACACCUCCAGACUGCAGCCUGCAAGGCCUUCCAGCACGUGAAAGUGGACACGCUGUCUCAGCCUGAGGCCGUGUCCAGUGUGGCUGUGCCAGCCGCCUGGUGCAGCCUUAGCAGAGACUGAUUGGAAGAGAGCCAGUCUGCGGGUGGAAGACCCACCUUAGCCUGAAUCGCCGCACUCCUUCUCUUCCUCUUCGUCCAUAAAGCCUUUUCCUACUGCUCUAUAUCUGCCCUGAUCUCCCAAUGCUCCCUCAAUCCCUCUCUCUUUUCCUCCUCUCUCCCUACAUCUGCUGUCCCUCUCUUUUGUAACUACUUGUUUACAUGGUGUUGGUUUCAUAUCGAGACAAAAGCAGAAGCGUUGACUGCAGAGAAUGUUGAACAUAGUGCCGAUCCCUUCUUUAACUCUGUUAAGCUCGCUAACAGAAAUCGCACUGGGACAGAAUACCCUCGGGAAUCACUCAUGGCUGCUAAGUGGAUCAAAACAGAGCGAAAGGAUCCCCAUUAGUUCUCUCCAGUUACAUAAACACUUUCUCAAUACCCAAAAGAGGCUGAUUAAUUAUUCACCCCGUUUGGUAAUAUACAAGAACACAAACAUGCGUUCAUGUUCAGUAAACUGUUCCUGUAAGCCUGUCAGUAGAUCUUGUAACAGAGGUGGACAUGGCAGCAGCCGAGGGUUUUACCAGCCUGCAGUGGACAAGAACAUCUGUCAGGAUGUAAUGGGCACUUUGAUCUGCCUCUCUGAAUGCAGUUCUGAUGUGAUGUUCCCAGCAAAUGCUAUACAACCAACAGUCACUUAGCAACCCAGUCACAGAGUGCACAUGAAGUACAUGAAGGAACGCUGUGGUAAAUGUUUACUUGAAGGAGGUUUACAGAAAUAGAAAAUCUGAUACACUGAGAGAAAAUCUUAAAAUAUUUUAUCUUAGAAAUAUAUGGAUUGUUUAUUGAGAAUAAAUAUAAAGCUCACUGAAUAUUCACAGGAAAUCAAAUUAACUCAUGUCUAAUUUGCAUAAAACUUCUUUGUUGCACAUUCCAUAAUGCAGACUUGGAACUAUUACACAAUUCAAAUAGCAAGUAACUUCCUGAUCACUGUCUAUUACACAACAAUCAAAAUCUCACCACUUACAGAAGACCAAAACUGCCUCAUGACUAAUUAGAGAAUUUAGGAUUUCUGUAUUUGUGAGUAGAAAAAUCGUGGAAUUUUUUGUGGGCUCCUGGAUGAACAAAUCAAUCCCAGGUGACGCAAAUGCCCCCCAGACUUUCUGUAACAUUCCUAGCUAUUUGCUUCCCCAGACAACCUGCCCCUCCCUCUCCAUCCUCACCCCAUCCCUCACGUGAGUGCAUGGUCCAAUGAAUGUCCAGUAACUUAUUUGCUGUAGUAUUUAGAUAUGCUACUUUCAAUAGAUUUUGUGCAUUUCUUAAUUUCUUUUAUAUUACUCCAGUAAAAAAAAACAAACAAGGAAUUACAUGAGUGGAAUAAGAACUCCGGUAUGAAGUCACUUUUAUGGCAUUGUUUAAUGAAAUACUACUUCUUAUACCUAUGUAUGUUUCCGUAAAACUGGCUUUCUCUAUUAAAAGUGAGUGUAGAGACUUAUUGCAGGGAUGCAGAUAAAAUAUUCGUCUUACCUUUGUUUAAAACCUAGAUUAUGUAGAGUGAUGCAAUUCAAUAAAAUUAAAGGUCUAAAAAGUGAA